AUGAUUAUAAUAAAGUUAAAUUUAACAAUAAAAUCAAUCAAAGGCGAAUCCUCAUUGCUAUUGUCAUCAUCAUCAUCAUCAUCCAAAUCAUCAUCAUCAUCAUCCAAAUCAUCAUCAUCAUCAUCCAAAUCAUCAUCAUCAUCAUCAUCAUCAUCAUCAUCAUCAUCAUCCAAAUCAUCAUCAUCCAAAUCAUCAUCAUCAUCAUCAUCCAAAUCAUCAUCAUCUAACUUUUCUAUUAAUUUUGAUUUACAUUAA